UGCAUUUCUGGCCUUACUGAGUAUCAUGUCCAUGAUCUCAAAAACACAUUAGUCAAACACCUUUCAAAUUUUUUUCAAGAAGUGUCUGAGUUGAUCCCAUUCACUCUUCCUAAGUUAUGAACUAAUGCAACCACGAGGCAACAAUUCUGUGCUGUGAAGUGGGUGGUGACCUUGCAGCAGCAGCAGAAGAGGCCCUGAAGGCAGAUGCUGUGUUGGCACCGUGUUGCCCGAUAACCUGCCACGACCAGCCUUCUUCACAGAAGGUCCUGCCAGUGCCUGAAUCCCUUCUUCCUCUGUACUCCACCACUCAUGUUCACUUCUGUUUGUUCUGCCCUUGCAGGAAACUGAAUAUUUUUUGACAACAGAAUAUUGAGGGCUGGCCUCGGACAGUACAAAUAAAUCACUCCUUUAGCUUUACAAUCCCAAGUCAGACCUGGCAUUGAGGAUGGCAAUGGCUUUGUCCUCAGGGAGUGCACAUUACUGGACGAUGGCUCACCAGGGAUCCAUUUCUGCAGCUUGCAUCAGGUCACAAAAUAAUUGUGUCACAAAACCAGGGGAAACUGUAAGUGAUGGAGACUGACUCAGCAAAGUCCUCUCUAGCUAAGCCAUAUGAGGAAUUCUUUUGUAAUCCCUUUUGCUUUGCAAGCCAGUUUUGGGUGUGUCAGUCAGAGGAAAGCUUCUCACUAGCAACUAGCAUUGCUUCACUCGUUUUUCAGAUUAAAUGGGAAAUAUUUUUUGCUGCAUCUUGUGUGAAUUACAGAACAGAUCACAGGAAGGUGAUGCCCAGUUCAUAAUGCUGAGCAGAUUUCUCAGGGCACUGGAAAAAGCCUAUUGUUUUUACAUCAGGGAACUGAUCUGUCAUGACCAAUAGCUUCUGCAGAUACUCACCAGCUGGCUCAGGUCUUGCUGUCAGGAUGCUUCACAUGAGUACAGAGCUUUUCUCAGUUGUGAAGUUUCAUAAAUACCUGGGCGUUCCCCCACAACAAGCUGUCCACUGCCAUAGCUCUCUUGGAUGCUGUGCAGCUUGUUUAGAGUUAGCCUGAGAGUGUCUGCCCAGUUGCUGACCACAGCUGUAGAUGUGUCCUCACACACAUUGAGGGUCUGCCUUGCUUACGUUAGGACCCAGGUUCAGGGGUGGAUGAGUGGUCCUUGGAACUCCACAGAAUGGUCCCAUGAAGGGAAAUGGCAGUAACCAUCACCACCUGCUGGGGAUCCAUAAAAUCACAAGCUUUUGCAGAUGAUGUCUUCUGUUUCCCUCUCUCCACCGGGUUCUGCUCAACUUUCUGAUGAUAGCUGGGUGCCAGAAAAGUUAUCUGCCAUGCCACAGCUAUGUGACUUGAUGCCAUUUGUGUAGAUGCUUUUUCUCCCUUCGUGCACUGGGGUGACUAGAGAAGAUUUGCUUUUCUAUUCUGGGGCUAGGGGUAAUAAAGAGAUAAAAUUUCUGUUCUGCACUGCAAAAAAAGGGCUCACCUGUUAAUUCCAGCUUCUGGCAGGCAACCUUGUUUACACUCCCAGAUCUACUUCUGAAUGGGAGUCACCCUUUUUAGCAAUUUUUUGCUGCCAGGAACUUGCUUUCAGUUUCUCCGAGUGGGGUGGUUUAUGCACAUAAGAGCAAGUCACCAGGAGGAAAUAGUUGAGUAACGUUGCUACUGUCCAAACUUCAGUGUUUGGGAACAGAAACUGAAACAAAUGUAAGACUAAUAAAGAGACAUCCAUCGCUCAAGAGGCAACAGACAAAUCCAGAAAUAUCCAUGGCUGCUGUCGCUGAUAGAGAUGCUGCACCCAGAGAGAACAUCCAAGGGUGGAAGCUACAGCCAAAUGACUUCAAAAGAAAUUACUUGCCUGGCCAACAUCCAAAGGUGGUGUACAUGCUGUAUGAAAUCAGGUGGAGCAGAGGUACCAUCUGGAGGAACUGGUGCUCAAACAAUUCUACCCAACACGCUGAAGUCAACUUCUUGGAAAAUUGUUUCAAGGCCACGCCAUCUGUUUCUUGUUCCAUCACCUGGGUCCUAUCUACUACCCCCUGUGGGAAAUGCUCCAGAAGAAUUCUGGACUUCCUGAGGGUAUAUCCCAAUGUGACCUUGGAAAUAUACGCAGCCAAGCUGUUCAAGCACCUGGAUAUCCGUAACCGGCAAGGUCUCAGCGACCUGGCAAUGAAUGGAGUCAUUAUACGUAUCAUGAAUCUUUCAGAUUACAGUUACUGCUGGAAAAGAUUUGUUGCAUACCAACAUGGAGAAGAGGAUUAUUGGCCCUGGAGCUUCGCUUCAUACAUCUUUCUGAAUCAGACAGAGCUCUCUCAUAUCCUUUUGGUUAGUAGGCGCUUGACGAAAACACUGAGAGAGAAAAGUAAUGCAAAAUCCUAGGAAAAGGAGGUUUGGAAGAUCCUGGCAAUAGUGUUAGCAGAAACAAUAGUAGGAAAAAUAAGCACGGGCUUGAUGCUGCAUGAACAGAGGGCCAAGCGGGAAAGAGAUUGCCAAGGACUAUGAUCCUACAUUGUGCCUUUGUGGCCAGGAGUAGAGAAGAGAUUUAGCAAUACUCUCACUUUUUUUACUAAGGAAAUGGUAAACUAUUUCAAUCCUUUACAUGGAUCAGCUACAAGUUCAUUAGCUUGCAGCUUACUGGAGCUAUUUGAUCCCAAAAGCUCCUUCAGCUGUGUAAACAUGAUUCAAGUACACUUGUAUUGCCUCUCAGGACAAGGCCACUGAUUUUAGUUAAGUUCUGAGCAAGUUCAAAAGCCCAGAUGGGUGGAUUCACUUUCAGAAUCAGAGCUUACACAUAAGAGUAUCAUAUGAUUGAGAUCUGCGUUCCCUAUUUCUUGCAAUCCAUACAACUGCAAAAAGUUAUUUCUAUGGCCUGAUAUCCUACUAUACAAGAAAGAGAAGGUGGUCUACUGAACAGGAGAGAAGACCAGGACUGGAGUUAACUUCCUGGCUCAGCCACCCUUUGUGGAGCAAGCCAGUUCUUGAACUGGUCCCUAUAUGUAGAACAGGGGCUAGCAGAAUGGACAGCAGGAGAUAGAGGAAGGGAUGCACAGAACUACAUAAUACAGACAGGAACUUAAAAGUCUAGAAGGAGAAAAACUAACCUCUUUGUAGGAUGCUAUAAAUGCCUUGUUUCAUUUCUGACUGAGGAAAAGGUAUGCAUUAGCGUUCAUUUCAGUUCCAUCCACUCCAAACUUUACACAGGUCUUUUAAUACCUCAGGUUAGGUAUUAGGUAUACCUCAGGAAAGGACCUGACCUUUCUAAUUCUGUCUAAGUAAGAUAUUCAGGUGACAGGAUACACAGUCAGUGGCAUUAUCCCGCCAGUCAGCUGAUCUAACAAAGUAGUUAAUGCAAUGUAACUGUUUAGGAGAUAUUUUUCCCUUGGCUUUCAGCCUUCCGGAGUCUCCUAAUGUCUGAGAUGAUUAAAUAAUUUAGCAUCUUACGCACAAUCAAAUGCAUAGUGUGAUGCUUACCAGGGAGCUGAACAGAGCCGUCUGCUAAAUGCUUGUGAGUACUGACAAACUGCAGCUGACUCAGCACAGUUCCCUGGGCAGCAGGACAUGGCAAAUAUGCCCUUCAGGUCUUGGUUUUAGAGACAGCUAACAAAAACCUGUCCCUCCCUGUGCCGCUGGCAACCCUGUUGUUUACUGCAGAGUCCUGGUUCCUAGGAAGCUUGCACUGGGACACUCACGCUGAGAGUCAGGCACUUGCUCAACUGCUUUGCUGUCUCGGCGAAGCUCAAGCCACCCCUAAAAUGAAGGUGAAUAGGGCCCGUUAUCAGUCGUUCUGACUAACCACUAACCCCGCCCAGAAGGAAUGGGAAGGUCUAUGUGCUCAGCCCUUGUGAACACCCAGCCCCAUUGUACUAAUUACACAGGGGUGUAAUGAGGAGAGUGAGUUCCAGGCACAUGCUCCAGAGAAAUACAGACCGUUGCGUCAAGUCGUGCCCCCCGGCAUAAGAAAGACACUGAGGAACUGGAGAGGGUUUGGUGGAGUACCACUGCGAUGGUCAGGGGGCUGGAGCACUUGCCCAACGAGGAGAGGCCGAGGGAACUGGCUUUGUUAGACCUGAAGAAAAGAAGGCUAAGGGGGAUCUAGCUGAAGCGUCCCACUACAUAAAGGCAACAAAGACAGUCAGGCUCUCCUCAAAGCUGCACAGAGGGAAAAUGAGGCAACAGGCACAAGCUGCAACAGGGGAAAUUCCAACUGGAAAGAAGGAAGAAGUCUCCCCAACAGCGGUGCCGUACUGGAGCCGGUGCCCAGAGAUGCUGUCAGACCUCCAUCCCUGGAGAUGCUGAGAACUUUCCUCUAGAGCUGCCAGAUGUAGCUUUGGAGUUAGCCAUGCUGCAAACAUGUUGUUGGACUAGAGACCUCUAGACAGCCUUUCCAACCCCCAAAAUUCUGCCUUUCCACAGGAUCUAGCUCCACUUCCCCUGAAUUCAGCUACGCAAUCUGCCACCUUUUAAAUGCUUCUGUUUCUGAGUGGUCUGGCUUUCUAGGAGGGGUUUACAUGGCACGGUAAAUUCCGAGGUGCUAUUCUGUUGUCUGGAAAGCUGUGUCCCGAGGGAGAUUAUCUAACAUGCUGAAGGUGGAUCAGAGCGAUCUCUUGGACUAGAUGCUGUAUUUUGAAACUCUGGAUCAUGUUGAAGAGACAACUUAAGUUUUUAGCACCUAAUUUUUAAUAUUCAUGUUUCUUUCUUCCUGCUAGGGACUUCCUCCAUUGCUGGCAAACUGAAUACUAACAAGCAUCAGCAGCAUGUUUCAAGCUCACUUUGUGCAUCAUAGCACUAUUUACAAGACUGGAAAAGCCAGUCCCUGGCAGUCUUUUCUACUGCAGCCUUGAACUAUCAGCUUCAUACUGCUACCAGAGAAGGCUCUUAUCACUGGUUGGGCAUUGCUAAGUAUUGGACACAGCAGAAGCAGCACAUGAAAAACCAUCAAGAAGUUCGGAUGAUGCAGCCAGGCAGCCAGGACGCAGUGCUCUUGGUCUUUACAAGGCUUCCUGAGAGUCCAAUGGGGAUGGUGACCAUGCCCCAGGAUCAGGCCUUUCAUGUCUGCUGAUUCUGCAAUCAGAUUCUGUGAGUACCCUCUUGAGAGGCCCGUGAGUAACAUUUUUUGUGCUCUGAUCUGUUCCAAAGAAAUAAUCAGAGCAAUGCAUUCUGGUUUUGAGAAUUUCAUGAAGAUCAC